UGUCACAGCCUCCUCAGACAGCUCAAACAUCUGCUGGACAAAGUCCAGGCCAGGUUGAAUCAGGGGGAUUAUUCUCAGGCCUGUUAAACAAAUUAUCAGGUACUGCGGAACAGUCACCAUCACCUGCUGAGCAGGAAAAGAUUCCAGCACCACAGCAUCAACAGCACCCACGUGCAGCACAGGCACGCCCACAGAUUCAGAGAACCAAACCUGUAGAGAUGCAUUCGUCUCAAGAAGUGGAGGCAGACAAGGAAUUAAAACCUCCAGCUCACAAAGGUUUCCUUUCAGGACUUUUUAGUGUUUCGGAAGAUCAGUCAUCAAAAGCACAGCAGCCGUCAACCCCUCAGCUUGGAACAGAAGAACCCAAAAUUAGCACAAGUAGCACAUCAACUGGUUUGUUAUCCAGUAUUUUCAAAUCCGGCCCUAGUGUUAGUAACACUUAUAAUGCUGGAAGUGGAAGUGAAGAUAAGAAGGAUGUCCCUUUCGCUGCAGCAGUGGUCGAUUCCAUUAAAGAACCUUUGCAGGCUCAGAGUUGGAGAGAACCUACGAUUUCUCCAACCCAGCGUUAUCUUGAGGAAAUCCAACGUCUCUUAUAUGGGACAGAAGGUGAAUAUGGAUACAAGGAUCUUUUAUUCAACUUCACAGAGUAUGGUGUUAUAGAACCAGAGCUCUAUGAGCAUCAAUGUCUAAUAGAAGCUCUUCUGUGGCAGCAACUUAAUGAUUACGCCCUCGCUGAAGCCCUCGACACUCAAGCUCCUGCACAGUAUCCUCCACACCAAGAGCAUAGAGCGCCUACGGAUAGAGGAACUCAAUGGGACUAUCAUAAAUGUUUAAAUCCCAAGGAAAUGGAUAUCAGUCAUUUUAAUGUACCCUCACAUCCUUGGAAAGAUCCUGUUGCCCAACUUUUUGAAAGCAAAAAUCGCUUUCUUGAACCAGAUGAAGAUUUUGUUUUGUUUGACAUGAGUUGCAGAAAAAAGAAAGCCUGGAGUAGCUGUGAGCGUUUAAAUGAACUUGAGAGACACAGAAAACCGUGGAUUGUUGGGUGUCAUGUGUUAAAUCUGUCCAUGGAAAAACCAAAGCCACGGUUAAGUAGAUGUCAGUCACUUACAGAGGGCGGAACACAUGAAUUCAGCAAAAUGAUAGAGAAGUGUGGGGUUAGUAGUGAAUUAAAAGAUUCUGAAUUCACUUUGAAAUCAGCAACUGAGUUUUUAAAACGACUUGCCACAAAGAAGGGGCCUAUGGAUUUAACAAGAUGCGCUAUGGAUUUAAGUUGGUCUGCUGGAGCUAUGGGAGGCGUAGAUGAUGACAUGUUCUUUGGCGAUUCCGAGUGGUAUCAACAGUGGCUUUCACUUCUGGAUCAGGGCUUGUGGUGGCCAGCUGAGGCUGGAGACUGUGGAUAUUAUGUCUAUACAGAUGAGGAUUACAUCUAUUCCCUUUUAACUGACAGAGAGGGCAGACACCUCUACGCCUGUGCCAGACCCGAGGACGUACAAGCUCUAGGAAAUAUUACUGAAAAUAUUGCUAACAUUCUAAAACAAAAGGAGAAAGACAAAGUCACACUGUGUGGUUUCAAAAUCCCUCUUUGCAACGAACAUAAAGGCGUCUGCAUCCCAGGCCAGCAACAGACGUGGGCGCAUUUAGACGCACCCAUGGACCUAACGUUUGCCCUUAGAAAGGGUGAAAGAAUAAUGAAUAUGAAUCUGGAAAGCUUCUCUCAAAUGUUCCAAGAAUCUCUAGCUUCUCAGGCAGAGCAGCCUGUAGACUUUACUACAUACAAGCUUAAAAAGAUAAAGGUAGAAUCCAUACAGAAUCCUCAUAGCAGUGAAGAGGAGCCAGUAGAAGCAGCUGAUCUUACUUUGCUGUCACUAAGAGGCGGGCAUGGAGGCCCCUACUGGAAGAAUAGGGCUCCAGAGGAGGUACUUGCACAACCAUCAGCACCUGCUUCACGACACUUCUCAACACAGAUCCCUACAAAAAGAUGUUCUUCAAUUCCUGAAAUCAGGGUUUCACAUGUAGAUGAUUCAGCUGCAGGUCAGCCAGGACUAAGAUCGAAGGUUACGCCCAUCCCAGGCAACACUGAGACAACUGGAACAUCAUUAUCAUCAUCAGCACCAGCAAAAUCACCACCACUGCCUAACAAAGUUAUGGCGACUACAAAAAAUUCACCCGAGAUUCCAUCACCUUCAAAAAUAGCUGUUGGAAGGAAACUGCCUACUCCGCCAACUCUUAGGAAGGAGGACAGCGCAUCCAAUCUUUCAGCACAGCCAAGUACUGCUGGGAAUGUGCCCCCCACCCAGUUUACCACUAUUCCCUCACACAAACCCAGACUUGCAAGACAGCCGUCUCAGGCAGGUGAACCCAAAGGAUUACAACAAACAAGUGCCACUGCAUGUGAUAUUGGCAAAGUCAGCAAUACUAUUGUGUUAAACCACACACCCACUGUGCCUCAAAAGCAGGCGGAAGAAUCAAGUCAAAGAUCUACACCACAGUUACAUAUACUGAAUGACGCCUCUGUUACACACAAUGACGCUCAUCUUUACAAAAGGAAUUAUACCUUUGGCUCUCAAGUAGUCAACAAAGUCAUAGAUUUUUCUGUUUCAAUUCAUCAAAACAAGAUUAUCAAAGAAAAAGAUGAAACAGACGCCAACAAAGAAGCUGCACAAGGAGAUGAAGUUGUUGACUUUACAAAGUACAAGUUGAAACGCUUAAAAGAGAAACAGCAGAUGGAUCAAAAUGUGGACUUAACUGCUAAGACAACACUUGUGGUAGAUCUUACUAAAGAGAUUGAGGAGGAUGAAGUUGAAAUGCCUCAUUUCGAAUGUCCUAUUAUUGGUCGAGCACCAGGAAGCAAAGAAGUGUCUGUUCUGAAAACAGUGUCUCAUACCAGCUAUAGACCAGAGGAUCAACACAGCAAAGUGGACAGAGUGUUUUCUAGUUCACAGGCUGUAGCCACUACUUCAGUCAAACCCUCUGUGUUAUCUGGAAGAUUAUCAACAGGUUCUGUCCAUACAAGAAUGAUGUCAACCACACCGAGCACCUCAGUAGCUCAUUUUUCCAGUCACGAUGGAGGUCUUAAGCAAAAUGCAACAAUGCAACCUACUCAAGUGUUGUCUCUAGUAAGUCCUGAGGAGCCACAGGGAAGAGGACGGCACAUGCAUCAAUGCUCCCCAGUAGCUACAGCUUGUUUAGGAAAACAGAUUCCUGUGGACAGUAGAAGACAGUUCUUUACAUCUCCUUCCCCUCAGUAUAGUGCAAAGGCUCAGCAUCAGGAGACAGCGCCAGCAAACACGGUUCAAGCUACGCUAAACAUGUCUUCCAAGGCAACAAGCCAGCAGCCUCAGCAAGACGUUGUACUGCCGAAGGACCCCACCUGUGGGUUGCUGCCAUUAACGAAGAGAAAGCUAUUAAUAUCUGAGGAAGCAAGUUCUAAUGAUCACGAUUCCAUUGACUUGUCAUUUAGAGGAGAUUCCCCAGAUCAUGAUCACCCUAUCAUGGGUAAUCAGGGUAAAGAAGAACCAUCAUCUGGUGGUGGGAGGGUAAUGUUGCCACGACAGGCCCCUCUGUUAGGUCACUCCUCUGAAUCCCUGGAAAUGUGUAAACCACAACAGGAGGUCAUGGCACCGGCCCAUACAGUUAAGGCUGCACUGGACAUGUCGACUAAAUGUUCUGCUAAAUCAAAAGAGGCGGUUCCAGAAGUAGCAGGAAGUGUUACUCAGACUGAAGCGAUACCUCUAACCAGGGGUAAACCAAGUGCCCGUGAACUGGCACGCAAGCAUUCGGUCGGGCUACCACUGGUUGUUGACAUCCCUGCUCAAGCACCUCUCUGUGACGAUCACAUCAGCUCCCCUGCACAUGCUCAGCAACCGUCUGAGAAUAACAGUCAGUGUUACACAAACUCAUUUCCACAUCAACAGUUUCAACAGAGCAAACCUGGCGUCUUUACUCAGUUAGAUCAUUUAUCUUCAUCAGCCUUUGAAACUCGUCAGAGAUCCUUUACACGAAUGGAAAUACUGUCUACAGCUCCAGCAAACUCUAUUAAAGGCACAUUAGAUAUGUCAACAAAAGCAAUUAGCUUAGACGCUGUGCCAAACUACUCAAUUCCAGUAUCGCUGGUGAGUACAAGGCCAUUGAGUUCUCUGUGUUCCCAAGUAGAUUCUGUUGGUAUUCCACUAAUUGUGAUGACACAGACCUUCCAAGAACAACCUAAAAGGCAACAAAUAGUGGCAGCAUCCCAGGAGCAAAUGCAACAAAUGUUUGUGCAUAUGAAAUCUCAGGAACUAAAUCAAAGAGCAUCAGCACCUGCUAACACCAUCAAAAGCUUCCUAGAUAUGUCUCCAAAGCCACAAGAAAGAUAUUCUGAAGAAGCCUCUAAUAUUUCUGCAAAUGAAGUUGUUCCAUUGGUUAAAAAUAAAGGCAUUGCAACAAGAAAUGGUUCAGUUGGUGUACCACUGAUAGUGGAGCAAUCUGUGCAUGAACAACCACGACGAGUCUUCAUGGGAGUCAACACUACAGAGACACCGCACAACCAUGUAUCUACCUGCCAUUACAAUGAGACCAUCUACAAAGACACACACCAGAUAAAUAAGCCAGUGGACUUCUCUGAAAAAGACAACCUAAACCUGACCAACAUCCCAAGUCAUUACACUGAAUCAAAAGACGGCCAAGCUAUGAAUUUCAUUAAUACUAAGGUAAAGAAGGAAAUUUCUGAAAGAAGGCAGUGUGGAAAACCGUUCGAAAAGAAAACAUUAGCUGGUAUAGUUGAUCUAUCUGUGGAUCUUCAGAACCAAGACACAGUUAGAACUCAUCAAGAUGCCAAAGACCUUUCUUCUCCCUACGUGCCUUGUCCAUCUCACUCUAGUCUUUUCUGGCAGCAGCGGUAUAUACCACCACCAACUUCAGUGGAGAUCAGAGAAGAUGCACCAAUUCCACAAACUCUCCAAUCAAGUCAAUACAAGAACAGUUUAGAUGGUGCCAUCCAAACUGACAGCAUCUUGUCUGGAGGAGGACUGAAGUCUGUGCCGCAUACAUGGGCUUCCUGCUUGAGGCCUCUUCAGAUACAGCAUCAGACCUUUGCUUCACAGGCUAUGCAGGACAGUACUUUCGUAAACAGUUCAUAUCAGUGGGUCAGUAAUGUACAUGCUGGACUCAAAAGCUCUGAUAAUGUUCUAAACACAACUCUGUUGCAUACACAUCAUUUAGUCUCACAAAGGCAAAACCAGGAGCACGAUGUGGCAACAGAAUGGAAUUCAUCCAUUGUGGGGUCUCAGGCAAAGCCCAUAAAUUUACAAAGACAAUAUACUGUUAUCCAGAAUGAAAAGCCUCCUAGACCCAAAAUCCUUAUCAAGCAGCCAACAGUGGAAAGCUAUGGGAGCAUUGAGGAAAGUGCAUUAGAAUGUGGCUCAAUAACAAAUAUCGCACAGCCACUGCUCACUUUCCCAAUGAAGGAGCUUGAUACUAACACACACAAUGUUUCUGUCUCUCAGUCUUAUGGUGAACACAGAACUGAUCCUUCUCCACAACGUCUGCAGACACAGACUGUGAAAACCAGCGCAGUAACGGAUUACUACACAAACAAGACUCCUCAACUAAGUGGACAGCCUGAUCCACAUCAAAGCCCUGUCACUGUGAAGCACAUCCCUGCAUCAGCGCCACCCUAUGAGGCACUGAUAUCACAGCCCAGCACAAAACACAACACGCUGCCUGGAACACAGGCAACAAAGCGUUUCUCUGACCAGGACUUUAUAGUGGAAACCCCAGUAAUAUCUUCAGCACCAUCAGUGUCCAAAUCUGUAAAGGGUUUGAUUUCAUUGUUCAGUGGUUUGGAUUCACAGUCCUCAGCCAGUGCAAAACCAGUUGACGUUAUAUCCCAUCAUACUCAGAUUGCGUCUAGGUCUAUAGACGACAGGAUGCAAAUUAGUCCAUCUCUGAGUCCUGCCAUUGCAGUUAUUGAGAAAGGAACUACUCAAGUGAGUCCUGCCAGUAAAAUAAAUCAGAUGAAUGAUUCAAGCCCACACAUGCCUGUAUCAAGUUCUCCUACACCAGCAAUCCUUCGACACCGAGACAACUCUGUUUCUAAAUUACCUUGUGGAGAUACUGAGGUGCUUAAAUCUUCAACUGUGCAAAACAAAUCAUUACCUAGCUUUUCUACUGUAACAGCUGGAAGAGGAAUAGAUGCUUCCUUACCUAGUAUGCAGACACAGUUGGCUACAGCCCCACCACUGGCCACGGAAUCAGUUUUAAAGGAUGUGAGCCCUCAAGCAUCUCCAGUCCUGCCACAUGUGACCACUCCUUCCACUGGCAUUUCAACUUCUUUCACAUCUUCAUCAAUUUCUCAAGACUAUGAACAAUCAGAGACCAUUCUUAAUUCAGGUCUGGCAAAGGAGACACAAAGUAAAGAAUGGCUCCCUCCUAAAUCUUAUAUAGGGUGCACAUCCGAAACAGUUACUAAAGAGGGUACUACAAGUGACAUGGCUCUGUCAAAAUCAGAGAUGCCACAGCAGGAAAUUCUAGAGGAAACCAGACAAGGCUGGCCCAUAAAACCAGUCAACACUGAACUUAAUGAGGCUCAAAUGUCAUUGAACCAAAUUAGUCACCCGAAAUCAAUCUACAUUGGGAUUAACUGCUCAGAGGCGCCUCCAGAGGCAGAUCAAGGUGAUCAAAAACCCUACGUUAGACUGCCUCAUAUUUUUGUCUCAGCAGCAAGUUCACCAGAGGAAGACACAACUGAACAAACACAAGAAGAGUGUAUUGCAUCUGAACUUUCAGAGGAUGGUGCCUCUGUAUGUCCCCCUCCCAUUGAUGUAAUCACAGCAGACUGUAAGGAAGCUUUACCUGAUGAUCUUAUUGCUCACACCAAUAUAACUGAAGAUGCUGGGAUGAAACAAAUCAUUAGUGUAGAGGCAGUCUUUAAAACACUAGACAUGUCAGUGACUACAGCUGAUGGUUCAAACAUGGAUGGACAUGACUCACAGCAGAUGUCAUUGAAGGAAAGCACAACCAUAGCAGCUGUACAUUCACAAUCUGAAGUAAAAGCAGAAACCCCUGAGGUUUGUAAAAAAACACUUGAGGUGUCUUCUACUGACACAACACAACACAAACUAGUUGAACCUACUAGUGACCAGGUCGACCAAGGUGCAAUCACAAAUUUGGAAGAACCAGAAGUUCCUGGAGUCCUGGAGGUUUUGGCCAACAAAAUCGCAUCUUCAGAUGUUGUUUUGCCUAAUGACGCUCAGUCUGUUGAUAAGUUGUCAUUAAAAGGAGCAUCAUCAUCAGAUGUAAAAUCCUCUGAAGGACUCCCACAGCUUGAUGACAAAACAGAAAGAUCCCCUCAACCAGCCCCUGUUAAGCCUCCCACAGAGGAAACCACAGCCUCCAAGGAAGAUAUUUUAGUUGCCAAGGUUGAUCAGGCUGAGGCUGAACAGACUCAUGAGCAACCAGGAAAAGGCUUAUUCUCUAUGUUUAGUGGCCCCAGUGCCACCACACAAAAGACAUCUUCCCAAACUGGACUGUCGAUACUCGGAGGCAUUCUUCCUGGCUCGUCUACCAAAGACAGUCCUGGUGCGGGUUUGCUUUCAAUGUUUGGUGGGUCAAAUCCUCCAUCCUCAUCUGGUUCUAAAGAACCAUCGUCAAGCCCACAAGAAGGAUUAUUCUCUGUGUUUGGAGGAUCUAACACUCAACCCCCACCUGGCCCUCGUGAUCAAGCUGUUGGAAGUGGACCCAGAGGUCCCCCACCUAAAGAAUCUUCAGGCAAAGGCCUAUUUUCUAUGUUUGGUGCAUCUGUAACUCAACAACCAGCCAGUCCACGAGGUUAUCCUGCUGGUACUGCCACACCUAGAGGACCUGCCACUGGAUCUUCUAUCUUUGGUGGAAUCCUCCCAGGUACCACAUCACAGAAGACCACAUCUGCGUCAGGUUUGUUCUCCAAGUUUGGAGGUUUGGGUUCUCAGCCCCAAACUACAAUGUCUACACCACCACCAACAGUUACACCACAAGCACCAAAAUCCUCAGAGCCCUCAGGAAAAGGACUUUUUUCUGUGUUUGGGGGACAAAACCAACAAACAUCAGAAGCACAUCCUGCAGUUUCCAAGCCACCUGAAUCUGAUGGUAUUUUCAAAGUUUCAUCAGUUUUUUCUUUUGGUGGAGCCUCUGAUGAAAACAAAUCCAAAACUGUGUUUGGCCUAUUUGGAAACUCUUUCUUGGAGGAAACCAAAACAGAGCUUAAAAACACAGAUCUUAUGGAGGAGGCGAGUGCUUUGGAACAAGUGAAACCGCCACACACAGGAGAUUUUUCUAGAGAAAUCAAGGAUCACUCUGUGGAGGCCAAUGAAACUUUGCCUUCUGAGUCAAUUGCGGAGUUACCAGUUAAAGCAAUGCUAGAUGUACAGCAGGCAGAUCAGGAUGGUCAAGAUGCAUCUACUGAAAAUGUUGCUCCAACAGAGUUGUCACCAGAGACAGAAAAAACCUCAGUGCAAGUAGCCACAGUUCAAAAGGAACCUUUCAGUGAUGAAGGUCCCUCUGCAGCUAUUGAAGCUUCAAUCACAGACACACCAGACAUGACCACUAAUGUACCAGAGAAACAGAUGAUAGUAAUGGAUGAGCAAGCUCACAAACUAGUAAGUGAGGGGCGGUUAGACGUAAAAAAUAUAUUGGAUUCUGAGAAAGUUUUUGAGUCGAAAACAGGAAUUGAAUUCAGGAACACAGGUGAUGAAUCAGUCACUGUAAACCCAUCGGAAGAAGCAGUUGAUACGACCACAACAUCAGAAGUUGAAGCAGAAGAAGAAUUGAAAGCUGCUGCUAAAGGAGACACAUCAGCUCCAGAGCCACUGAAAAUAGAAACGGUUACAGAUGUGGAAAAAUCUACUGAGGAGCCUUUAGAAGUUGCUAAGGACAUCCAAACAACAGCUCCAGAAGUAGAAAUACUAAGUGAGGAAGCUAAUGCCAAACAAACAGAUGUGGACAAUUUUACUGAGGAGUCUUUGCAAGUUCGUAAAAAACAAACAAUUAAAAACAAAGAAGACUCAACCAAGGAACCUUUUGCAGUUGCUGAAGAAGACCAGACAGCAGUGGCAGAUGUAGGACAAUUAAUUGGAGAGCCUUUAAAAUCUGCUGGCGAGGAACAAAGUGCAGGUGAAGAUGUAGAAAGUUUAAAUAGGGAUUCUUUGAAAUUUGUUGAACAUGUAGAAAUGCAGGAUGUGGAAAAAUCUACUGACGGGGCAACUGCUGUUGAUACAGUGCCAGAGAAACCACUCACAGAAUGUUUAAUGGGUUCAGUUUCAGAAUUUGAAAAAUCUAUACUUGAAGAUUUGAAACCUAUAUCAUAUAGCACUAUUAAGGAACCAGAUGAAGCACAACUGGAAACAGAAAAUGCUAGUACAGAACCUGUGUCUGUAUUAGAGAAACCUCAUAGUGAUAAAUCUGUUACAGUGGCCUCAGCAAUAGUACGUACCAACCCACCUGACAUCAUACAACCUCCAACUGUGGAUCCUCUGAAAGGUUUGUCGGUGGGACCUGCAAGUCCGCCACCACAGCCACAACGCAUGCCGGGCAUGGUUAGGGUACCAGGUGCCCUAGGAGAAAGAAUGGCUGGACCAAGGAUGGGGGGGCCAAGAAUAGCUGGACCAAGGAUGGGGGGGCCAAGAAUGGCUGGACCAAGGCUGGGAGGACCAAGAAUGGCUGGACCAAGACAGCCAGCACCCCAGAAGCCCCCAGAUACAGCUCCAUUCUCUGGCUUUAUGUCUAUGUUUUCUACCCCUAGUGCCCCAAGCAAAACACCAAAUGUUGGUGGAUUCUUUUCAAGUGCAUCUGGUUCUCUUUUUGGGUCAUCUGCUCCUCGUCAGCCACAACAACAACAGCAACAGAAAAGCUCAUUCUUUGGUCUUUCAAGCAGCAUUGGUACAGAGUCGCUUACCAAUGACCUCUUUGGUAUAUUCAAGGCCUCUGAGACAACAAAAUCUGGGGAGACUCAACAGACUGACCCAGAGUUAAAACAAGCAGAACCUUCAGUUACUGAGAGCACUGAAAAGUUGGGCACAGAUCGAACAUCUCAAUCUAUGGAUGAACAUGUCAAAGCCAGUGAUGAUCAGGAGGUUCCUGAAAAAGGGUUAGUGGAGGAGGCCGAGCGAAUGGACAAGACAGACGAAGGUCCUAAAGAAGGAGCCAGAAAUGAUGAGCAUACUGAGCAUUUGGAGGAACCAGCUUCUGAAAUGUCUGACAAAAAUGAGCCUUCAGUUCCUGAAACCCAAGGUGUGUUUGAAAUACCUGAUCUGACUGCCCCGAAAUUUGGCUUCAUGUCUGUAGCUACUGAUGGCACGUCACCCUUUGGAGGACUUUUCUCCACAGGGGCAAAGGCACAGCAGGCACAACAAGCAGACAGUGGCCUCUUCUCUGGUUUUAAAGCACUUUCAGCUGGCAUUUUCCAGGAUGACAAACCUGAAAAUGAAGGAGCUCCAUCUGCUUCAUCUUUGUUUGGCAUGAAACUUGGUUCAGUGUUUGGAAAUUCAGAUUCUCCCAAACAUCAAGCCACAUCUCCAGUAGAAACAGCUCAAAGUCAAAGUCAGAAGCCCACAGAUGAAUGUUGUGAGACAGAGUUGGAGAAACUUUCUCCAGGAUCUGGAGAGACUGAAAGUGCAGAUGUCAGUGAUGGGGAAGGGCCAACAGAAAGUUCAAAAACAGGGAGCUGUGAAACCUUGGCACAGUCCCUGCAGUCCGGCCUCCCCUCUCAGCCCGAUUCUUUUGCAGAAGGUCUGGAUAAACCCUUGGUAAAGAUCACACCAUGUGAGGUAGAGCAGAGUGAAGCUGACGCACCCACCAUGACGGUGCACGCGGAUACAGAGCAACUAAAGGACCUGCUGACACAGGAAGCUGCUAUAAGUCCACCUGACAGCAGCCGGUUUGAUUCAUCAGGCAACCUUAGUCCAGCAAGCUCCCAGCUCAGCUCUGAGCCGGACGACCGCCAGGACCCAAAGCCCUGUCCCCCCACUGGUGCCCGCCCCUCUCUCCACAGCCAGCCAUCCACCUGGGAUGAGGAGGAAGAGAAUGAAGAGGAGCUUGAAAAGGAGCCACAUUCAGUGCCCGAGCCUGGUUCCAAUAAAGACUUAAAGGACUCGUCAGUCAACCUUCUCAAACCGGAUAACAAGAGUCAGGCUAAUAUGAGUUUGUUUGAGGACGGCCCUCCACCCUGCUCCCCAUCUAAGGUCCGUUGGCUAAAGGCGUACAACAAAGUGAGAGCGCAGCUGCUUGAGAGCCGGGAUCAGGAAGGAGACCCCAGCAAGCACCCGUGGGCCAAGCCAGGGGAAAACACGCCGUUUGGCAUCGACAGCAUGCCAGACCUGCGCAAGAGGAGGCCCAUUCCCCUUGUUAGUGAGCUGUCUAUGAUACAGUCCAGGAAAGCAGGACUCGCCCACACACUGGCCACACGGACCUCCCUGAAAGACGAAGAGCUGAAGAACCACGUGUACAAGAAGACGCUGCAGGCUCUGAUCUACCCCGUCUCCUGCACCACGCCCCACAACUUCGAGGUGUGGACGGCCACCACGCCCACCUACUGCUACGAGUGCGAGGGCCUCCUGUGGGGCAUCGCCCGUCAGGGCAUGCGCUGCGCCGAGUGUGGGGUCAAAGUGCACGAGAAAUGCCAGGAGCUGCUGAACGCCGACUGCCUGCAGCGAGCGGCUGAGAAGAGCUCCAAGACCGGAGCGGAGGACCGCACGCAGCACAUCAUCAUGGCCAUGAAGGACAGGAUGAAGAUCCGCGAGAGGAACAAGCCGGAGAUCUUUGAGGAGAUCCGCAAGGUGUUCAACAUCUCCAAGAUGCUGCACGCGCAGCACAUGAAGAGCAUCAAGCAGAGCGUCCUGGACGGCACGUCCAAGUGGUCGGCCAAGAUCUCCAUCACCAUCGUCAGCGCGCAGGGACUCCAGGCGAAGGACAGGACGGGCUCCAGCGAUCCGUACGUCACCAUCCAGGUCGGCAAAACCAAGAAGAGAACCAAGACCAUCUACGGGAACCUGAACCCGGUGUGGGAGGAAAGGUUCAGCUUCGAGUGCCACAACUCGUCGGACCGCGUGAAGCUGCGCGUCUGGGACGAGGACGACGACAUCAAGUCGCGCGUGAAGCAGCGUCUGAAGCGCGAGUCGGACGACUUCCUGGGUCAGAGCAUCAUCGAGGUCCGGACGCUGAGCGGAGAGAUGGACGUGUGGUACAACCUGGAGAAGAGAACAGACAAGUCAGCGGUGUCUGGAGCCAUUCGCCUUCAGAUCAGCGUGGAGAUCGAGGGGGAGGAGAAGGUGGCGCCGUACCACGUCCAGUACACGUGCCUCCACGAGAACACCUUUCACUUCUCCACAGACGUGGAGGGAGGCGGUGUGGUGAAGAUCCCAGGGGCUCAGGGAGACGACGCCUGGAAAGUUUACUUUGACGAGGUGCAGCAGGAAGUGGUGGACGAGUUCGCCAUGCGCUACGGCGUCGAGUCCAUCUACCAGGCCAUGACCCACUUCUCCUGCCUGUCCUCUAAGUACAUGCUGUCUGGGAUUCCAGCAGUGAUGAGCACGCUGCUCGCCAACAUCAAUGCGUUCUACGCCCACCCCACGGCCUCCACCAACGUCUCCGCUCCAGCGAGGUUUGCAGCCUCCAACUUUGGGAGGGAUCGUUUUGUGAAGCUCCUGGAUCAGCUGCACAACUCGCUGCGCAUCGAUCUCUCCAUGUACAGAAACAACUUCCCGGCCAGCAACAAGGCUCGUCUGCACGACCUCAAGUCCACGGUGGACCUGCUCACCAGCAUCACGUUCUUCAGGAUGAAGGUUCUGGAGCUGCAGAGUCCCCCCCGAGCUGCCAACGUGGUGCGGGACUGCGUCAAGGCCUGUCUGAACUCCACCUACGAGUACAUCUUCAACAACUGCCUGGAGCUCUUCAACCGCCAGUUCCAGCCGGCCGCCCAGCCGCCAAAGCCAGAGAAGAAGAAGAAGAAAAAGAAGGAAAAAGCUGAAGGUGAGGAGGGAGACAAAGAAGAAGAGGAGGAGGAAGAGUUGGAGGAGGAGGAGGAAGAGGAGGAGGAGGAGGAAGAGGAGCAGGAGAAGAAAGAGGAGAACCAGCCUGAGGAGCAGGGCCCGAGCAUCCAGAAUCUGGAGUUCUGGCCCAAACUCAUCACUCUGAUCGUUUCCAUCAUCGAGGAGGACCGGAACUCAUACACUCCCAUCAUUAACCAGUUUCCUCAGGAGCUAAACGUUGGUAAAGUCAGCGCUGAGGUCAUGUGGACGCUGUUCUCUCAGGACAUGAAAUACGCCCUGGAGGUUUUGGAUCAAACUAACCAGUGUCGCUGGAACCACGAGCACGAGAAGCACAAGCUGUGCAAGUCUGCAGACUACAUGAACCUGCACUUCAAGGUCAAGUGGCUUUACAACGAGUACGUGAAGGAUCUGCCUGCUUUCGCCGACACCGUGGCUGAGUACCCAGCGUGGUUCCUCCAGUUCGUCCUUGCCUGGCUGGCGGAGAACGAGGAGGUGUCCAUGGAGUUCAUGCACGGAGCCCUGGAGAGAGACAGGAGAGAAGGGUUCCAGCAGACGUCCGAGCACGCCCUGUUCUCCAGCUCCGUGGUCGACAUCUUCACCCAGCUCAACCAGAGCUUUGAAAUCAUCCGGAAGCUGGACUGCCCCGACCCGGCAGUGGUGGCCCACUACAACCGCCGCUUCGCCAAGACCAUCACCAAGGUGCUGCUGCAGUACUGUGGCCUGCUGUCCAGGAGCUUCCCCUCCUACUGCGAGAAGGAGAAGAUCCCCUGCGUACUGAUGAACAACAUCCAGCAGAUGAGGGUCCUGUUGGAGAAGAUGUUUGAAUCGAUGGGAGCCAAACAGAUGACUGCUGAGGAGCAGAGGCUUGAAAACGAAGAGGAACCCGAGGAGUGUGAGGAGGAGGCUGUGUCUGACGGGGAGGAGGGCACGUCAGAGGACGCUAAGUCUGGCUGCUCAGACUCAGAGGGAUCUGAGGUUGACAACAAGGAGAAGGAGCAGAAGAGGCUCCACAGUGAAAAGCCUGAAAAGACAGACAAAGAGAAGCAGGAGGAAACCGAGCACCAACAGGAGGAUGUGAACAAGACUGAAGCCGCGGCGGUCACAAAGAAGCUGGACCUGGAGGCAGCUGACAUCCUCAAUGACCUGCAGGUGAAGCUCAGCACCGUCCUCGACAACUUCAGCACCGUGUUUGCCCGGAGCUUCCAGGCUCGUAUCAACGGCUGCAUGCGUCAGACGGCUGAGAUCCUGUACCAGAUCAAGGGGCCGCCCAACCACAGCAGCGCCGAGGCCGACGCCGAGGUCAUGCUGAGGCCCCUCAUGGAGUUCCUGGAUGGAAAUCUCAGUAUCUUUGCUGACAUCUGCGAGAAGACGGUGCUGAAGAGGAUCCUGAAGGAUCUGUGGAAGAUCGUCCUGAGCAGCCUGGAGAAGAGCAUCGUGCUGCCGCAGAGCAACGACAGCCUGGGAGCCCAGAUCCUCACGGCGGCUAAGGGACUUUCAAACCUUAAGGGAGGAGGUGAAGCCAAAACCCUGACGCCCAAACAGUGUGUGAUCAUCGAUGCAGGGCUGGAGACGAUCAAGCAAUACUUCCACGCGGGAGGAAACGGGCUGAAGAAGGCGUUUGUGGAGAAAAGUCCUGAACUGGCUUCACUGCGUUACGCGCUGUCGCUCUACACUCAGAGCACGGACGCCCUCAUCAAGACGUUCGUCACCACGCAGCACUCGCAAGUGCAUGAUGGGAUGGGCAUCAGAAUCACUGGCAACGAGAAGCUGCGCCCUGACCGCGGUUCAGGAGUAGAGAAGCCGAUCGGGGAGGCGGUGCUGCAGAUCGACAUGCUGCUGGGGAAAGACCGCAAAGUCAGCGUCAGAGUCAUCGCGGUCAACGACAUGAAGUGGCAAACUUCAGGGAUGUUCCGGCCCUUCGUGGACGUCUCCAUGGUCGGACCCUUCCUCGCAGACAAGAAGCGCAAGUUCACCACGAAGUCCAAGAACAACAGCUGGACGGCGAAGUUCAACGAGUCCUUCCAGUUCGUUCUGGGGAAGGAGUCUCCCGACUGCUACGAGCUCCACGUCACGGUCAAGGACUACUGCUUCGGCCGCGCCGACCGCGUGGUGGGCGUGGCCGUGGUGCAGCUGCGGGACGUCGCAGAGCGGAGGAGCUGCGUGUGCUGGUGUCCGCUGGGGCCGCGCGUCCUCACCGACGAGACGGGCCGGACCGUGAUGCGCAUCCUGUCCCAGAGGCCCGGCGACGACGUGGCCAAGGAGUUCGUCAAGCUGAAGUCGGAGACGCGGCCGGUGGAGGAGGGCAGGUGAGGGGGCGUCAGCGAGGAAGAGAAGCAGGUGAGAAAGCUCAGCUCAGCGCUGAGCAGUGGACUCCAGACGCUCCAACACUAGAGUUUAGGCUUUGCACAAAUGACAGCGAAGGUCGAAGGUCGCCGCCCGUCCCCUGUGCAGCUCAGUGACUGUGGAGGCUGUUCACCUGUAACCGCCACGAGGCCGGACCGUGUCCACAGCUGGAAGCGUGUGGCGGCGGCCUCACGCAUGCGCGGCCACGACCGUCGGCCGAGCGGCUCCGACGUCAACGGCUUCUUCACCACGUGCCAAGAAACGGAGCCGGCAGCGGUUCUGCAGACGCGACCAGAGCAUGUGGUUCAACGUAUAUGAGUCAGUACUGUCAAAUAUUGAUUGAAUAUAUGUAAAGUAUUAAUAUUCUGAUGUGUCAUGUUGAUUAUAACGAUUAUGUUGUACAUAAAGCAUUUAUGAAUCAAA